AUGGAUACAGAAGAAAACAAAGAUAAACUUAUUCGAUGCCUUAAUGAGCAAGUCAACGAAAUAAAUUUACUGCAAUCUAUGUACCCUGAAAAAAAUGAAUUGAUUUUCUAUGAUGCAACAGUGCUCCAAGAAAUAGAAAAUUUUUUGGCAACAUCAACAGAUUUUGUACCAAGGUACAUUGACUUUAUAAUAAAUUUACAAAUUACUAAUACUAAACUUGAAAUAUCUAUAUGUCUUCCAUCAUUUUACCCAGAUACGCAACCUAAUAUUUAUAUUAGAAGCAAUCAACUUAAUCGUCAGCAAGAAAGUAGCUUAAACAUUGAGUUUAAUAAUUUUAUGACUAAAAGUUUUACUGGAGAAGUGUGUAUUUACACAGGUAUUUUGUGGCUACUUGAAAAUAUAGAAAAAUAUUGUGAACCACCAGCAACAUUUCCUGUAAAUGUCAACAAAAGUAAUGAAGAACCAGUGAAGUAUACAAGAUACUGGAUAUAUUCACAUCAUAUCUACAAUAAAGAAAAAAAAGAAAUGAUAGUUAAAACAGCAAAAAAAUACAAUUUAAAUGGAUUUUGUUGUACAGGGAAACCUGGAAUUAUAUGCAUAGAAGGCAAUGAAACAACAUGCAUUGAAUGGUGGAAAAUUAUUAAGGCUUUGCACUGGAAGAAAAUAGUAAUAAGAAAAAUUGAAGAGUUAUCAAAUUCAGACUUUAACUCAAUUGAUAAUAGGUUUAAAAAUUUUACACUUAUAGAGUUUUCUAAUCAUUCCAUGUCACAACUUUGCCAAACUUUGGAGGAAGUUUCGCUACAGAAUACAUUGAGAGAAAUACUUGGAUUUUCAAAUGUCACAUGA